AUGGCGUCGUCGUUUCCUCAAGUGCUGGGCUUGGAUGUGGAGAGUCGCAUUGCCCUGCUAGAGGCGGCGGGCUUUGACCGCAAGGCCGUGCUGAAGAUGGCGUCGUCACAUCCUCAAGUGCUGGGUUGCGAUGUCGAGAGCCGCAUUGCCCUGCUAGAGGCUGCGGGCUUCGUCCGCAGGGCCGUGCUGAAGAUGGCGUCGUCACAUCCUCCAGUGCUGGGCUUGAAUGUGGAGAGCCGCAUUGCCCUGCUGGCGGCGGCGGGCUUCGACCGCAAGGUCGUGCUGAAGAUGGCGUCGUCACAUCCUCAAGUGCUGGGCUUAGAUGUGGAGAGCCGCAUUGCCCUGCUGAGGCGGCGGGCUUCGACCGCAAGGCCGUGUUGA